ACUUUUCCAGUCACCAAUGAAAUAAUCACAAUACACGCAGCAACAAUUUACACAGUGAUGGGUUCCGAGCCUGAAACUGAGGGCUGUAGCGCUGAGGGGGUGAUCCUGGGGGUGGACGGCGGCACUACGUCCACCGUAUGCGUAUGUCUGCCGCUUCUCCCCUUCUCCGACCACCGCCAAUUGCCCGAUCCUCUCCCCGUCCUUGGCCACGCCGCCGCCGGUUCCUCCAACCACAACAGCGUCGGAGAAACUGCAGCCAGAGAAACACUUGAACAGGUUAUUAGUGAAGCUCUUUCUAUAGCGGGGAAGAACCAUUCAGCAGUUCUUGCCAUUUGCUUAGGGGUUUCUGGUGUGAAUCAUCCGUCCGAUCAGGAGAGGGUAUUUAACUGGAUGAGGAACAUAUUUCCGAGUAAUGUGAAGAUAUAUGUCCAAAAUGAUGCUGUAGCAGCUCUUGCAAGCGGGACAAUGGGGAAACUUCAUGGGUGUGUUCUGAUUGCCGGUACUGGGUGCAUUGCUUAUGGAUUUGCGGAAGACGGAAGAGAAGCUCGAGCUGCUGGUGCAGGACCAGUAUUAGGUGACUGGGGCAGUGGUUAUGGAAUUGCAUCUCAGGCACUAACAGCCGUGAUUAAGGCUCAUGAUGGGCGUGGUCCAGAGACGACGCUUACAAACUGUAUUUUGCAAUCACUUGGUCUUUCCGCUCCAGAUGAAAUUAUAAGGUGGACCUAUGCAGAUUCAUCUUGGGCCAGAAUUGCAGCACUAGUUCCUCUUGUCGUAUCCUGUGCAGAAGCUGGCGAUCAAGUUGCAGAUGAGAUCUUGAAUAAUUCUGUCCAAGAAUUGGCUCUAAGUGUAAAAGCUGUUGUUCAACGACUACAUUUGGCUGGGGAAGAUGGAAAUGGUUCUUUCCCGGUUGUCUUGGUUGGUGGGGUCCUGGAAGCUAACAAGAGGUGGGAUAUAGGGAAAGAAGUCACAUCCUCGAUUUUGAAGGCCUACCCAGGGGCUUUUCCUAUACGACCAAAGGUAGAACCUGCUGUUGGAGCUGCAUUAUUUGCCUGGAAUACCAUGAUGAAUGAAGCUCAAGUUAAUGGUCACAGAUGACAUUUUGAAUGUAAAGAAGAUGCCUCCCUCACUUAGUAACAGAAAUUGUACCAUCUUGCAUAUAUUUAUUUUCAAAAUAUUAUCAACUGGUUGAUAUUACAUAUUACUGGACUAAUCGCUCCAUAAUAUGCUUAUGCUGUGGCUAAUAGUAACCAAGAAUAUAUCUGUAUGAAACGGUUGUUUUCAGAUUUUCUUAUUUCACAUGCUCUUGUACAAAAUUGUGAGAUUAGAUUCUGCUAUUACGAUCUAAUGGCAAAGAAGAUACUGGUUUUUACAGUAGAACUAGACGCAGUUACUAUUUACUGCGCUCGA